AUGGCUGAGUUACUCCAGAGACGCUCUCUUCCACUGCUGCUGUCUCCGUCAGCCAGUAUGCGGGGUCUCUUCUCCGCCCCGCGCUGCGUGUCCCACUUUCGGCGCCGGCGACGAUGCCACGGUACUGUUGCAGCCCCUGGUACGACGAAGAACAGUGAACCUGUACAUACACUGCCGUCAUUGUCAGCGUCUCCGUCUCCCUCACCCUCACCAUCGCCAUCGCCAUCGCCAUCGCUCUCACCCUUGCCAUAUACCCCGUACCAGAUUCCCCCCUCUCGCUCCCCGCGGUCAUCGGCCUUGAAGAAGGCGAAGCCCUUCUCCGAUUUCUUGACAGACACCUUCAACAGGCAGCAUGACUACCUCCGUAUCAGCGUUACGGAGCGCUGCAACCUGCGAUGUCUCUAUUGCAUGCCCGAGGAGGGAGUUGAGCUCUCGCCGGCCGCCAAGAUCCUCACAACUCCGGAAAUCGUCUACCUAUCCUCCCUCUUCGUCUCCCAGGGCGUCACUAAAAUACGUUUGACCGGCGGUGAGCCGACCGUCCGGAAGGAUAUCAUACCUAUGAUGCAGCAAAUAGGGAACCUACGCCGUGACGGGCUGCGCGAAUUGUGUUUGACCACUAAUGGUAUUUCGCUACAUCGAAAACUAGAUAGCAUGGCAGAGGCUGGGUUGACGGGCAUCAACCUAAGUCUGGACACGUUAGACCCGUUCCAGUUCCAGCUCAUGACCCGACGGAAAGGGUUCGAAGCCGUGAUGAAGAGUAUCAACCGUAUCCUUGAAAUGAACAAGCAAGGAGCGGGCAUAAAACUGAAGAUCAACGCUGUGGUCAUGCGCGGAUUGAAUGAUAGGGAGAUCCUCCCCUUCGUUGAACUUGGGCGAGACAAGCCGCUUGAAGUCAGAUUCAUCGAGUACAUGCCGUUCGACGGGAAUAAGUGGAGUCAGGGGAAAAUGCUACCCUACAAGGAAAUGCUCGCGAUCAUUCGAGAGAAGUACCCCAACCUGGAGAAAGUCGCCGACCACAAGAAUGAUACGAGCAAGACAUAUCGCGUGCCCGGGUUCGAAGGUCGCGUAGGAUUCAUUACAAGCAUGACGCAUAACUUUUGCGGAACAUGUAAUCGUCUGCGCAUCACAAGCGACGGGAACCUCAAAGUAUGCUUGUUCGGGAAUGCGGAGGUGUCGUUGCGAGAUAUGAUUCGCAAAGGGAAUAAUGGAGAACCAAUCGACGAGGCAGCGAUGGAGGCGCUCGGCCUGUUGGAAUCUGCCAGAAGAGCCGGCCAGGCUGAACAUGAGGGUCUCGUGAACGAACGAGAGAGGGAACUGCUUGAUAUCAUCGGCAUGGCUGUCAAGCGCAAGAAAGCGAAACAUGCUGGUAUGGGAGAGUUGAAGAAUAUGAAGAACCGACCCAUGAUCUUGAUUGAUGAACAUGGUAUUCCAGUCAAUGAAGCUUCCCAGCGGUCCCUAGGAGCUAUACACACAAAUGGCAAUGCGCAGAUGCACCCCAGGAAAACGCCCUGGUCUACAAUUCCCACACAUUUCCUCCAGAGCGCUCCUCUCCCUCGGACCCCCGUCCACCUCUUCUCGACCAAAAGCCCUCAAAAACCAAAUCCCCCUUCCCCAACCAAACCCCCCAUCCCCGACCUCCCCACAGCCUCCGACCCUUCCCUCCCGCACCUCACCCCGUCCCAAACCGUCCACAUGACCUCCAUCUCCCACAAAGCCGAAACCACCCGCGUUGCCACAGCCAUGUGCCGCGUCACCUUCUCCAAUCCAAAGCCGUACUCCCUCCUCACCACGGCGGAGGGCUAUACGAAGAAAGGCGACGUGCUCUCCGUCGCGCGCGUCGCGGGGAUCAUGGCUGCGAAGCGGACGGCGGAUAUUAUCCCGCUGGCACACCCGGGGCUGGGGAUUACGGGGGUGGAGGUUGAUAUUAGAGCAUGUGCGCCGGAGGAGGGUGUUGGGUAG